GUAAUUCGCGGAUGUGAGAAGGCUCCACUUGUCAGUCAGACUUUGAACUGUGCACUGGCGCUCAUCACUGCUUAUCUCUGACCGCUGCUUGUCAUCAAAGACGCCGGCCACUGACACUUAAAAUCGACGAGCGCAGAUGUAAAGAUUAGGAUGAACAGUUGCUAAGAAAGAGAGAGAGAGAGAGAGAGAGGAGGAAAAGAAAAGAAAGGGAAGCCCGGAGAGCAUCACUGUAAGGGAGCAGAGCGGGGAUUAAACGUUCGCUACGCCGUUUAACGUUCACGUCGCUCGGGAGUUGAGAUGGUCCAGACCAGGAAUGUUUUUUUAGCCUUGCUUCUUGUGGGCAGCACAGUUUCAUUGGAGGUCCAGAUCACACCUACCCAUGGUGAGAUUAGCCUUGGAGAAUCCAAAUUCUUCAUGUGUGAAGUUGUAGGCGUUGCCAAACACGUGGACUGGUAUGGCCCGAGCGGGGAGCGGAUAGCCCCGAAUAGACCAGACUUGACUGUAACCCGCAACGAUGAGUCAUCUUCCACCCUCACAUUUUAUGAAGCCAAGACCGAUAGCGCCGGGACGUACAAGUGCGUCGCCACCAACGGGGACCAGCAAGCGGAGGCAACCGUUAAAGUGAAAAUCUUCCAGAGAAUAACCUUCACAAAUGCACCGUCUCGCCAAGAGUUUACUGAAGGAGACAACGCAAACAUCGUUUGUGAUGUCACCAGCUCACCCCCGCCCACAGUCUUUUGGAAAUACAAAGGAGCCAAAAUACAGAUGGAGAAAGAUGUUCGUUUCAAGGUGCUAAGCAACAAUCACCUUCAAAUCCGCGGCAUAAAGAAGACCGAUGAGGGCAUGUACAUGUGUGAGGCUCGCCUCAUGGCCCGCGGCGAGAUUGAUCUGCGUCCCAUCAGCGUUGUGGUGAAUGUGCUCCCAACCAUUAGAAUAUGGCAGUCUGAAGUCAACGCCACAGCAGAGAUUGCACAACCUGCCACUCUGACUUGUGCUGUUGAUGGCUACCCUGAACCCAUGGUGACCUGGAUAAGGAACGGAGUAGAACUCAGAGACGAGGAGAAGUACGGCUUCAAUGAAGAUGGCUCCGAAAUGACUAUAAUGGAUGUAACCAAGCUGGACGAAGGAGAGUACACAUGCGUCGCCAAGAACAAGGCCGGGGAGAGCGAGAAGGAACUCAGUCUGAGAGUGUUUGUUAAACCGAAGAUCACAUACAUAGUGAACCGGACCGCUUCAGAGACGGAAGAGCAGGUAACUGUGACUUGUGAAGCAUCUGGAGAUCCGACUCCAACCAUCAGCUGGAGCUACGGUGAGCAAGUCUUCACCGAAGGAGACCAGGCACAUCUAAACAGGAUCUAUCAGGCAUCAUGGACUCGGCCUGAGCAGCACAAGAGCCCAGAUGGAAAUGUAGUAGUAAGGAGCGAUGCUCGUGUGUCCUCCCUCACUCUCAAGUAUGUCAAGUAUACAGAUGCCGGUCAGUAUCUCUGCACAGCUCGCAGUGCCAUCGGAGAGGAUGAACAGACCGCUUAUCUGGAAGUCCGCUAUACACCUAAGAUCCACGGAACAGUUGCGGUUUACACCUGGGAGGGAAACCCGGUCAACAUCAGCUGCGAGGUCAAGGCUUUUCCAACAGAUGUGUCAAUUGUUUGGCUCAGAGAUGGACUGCAGCUUCCAAACUCAAACACCACCAACAUCAAAAUCUUCAGAACUCCUUUAUCCAGCUACCUACAGAUUACACCAGAGUCUGAAAAUGAUUUUGGAAGCUAUAACUGCACCGCCUCAAAUGAGAUGGGCACCGAGUCCAAGGAGUUCCUGCUCAUUCAGGCCGAGGUUCCGUCAUCGUUGGUCAUAGACGAAGUGAGGCCUUUCUCCACCACCGCUCUGAUCCAGUUUGGAGAGCCUGAAUCUACUGGAGGCGUUCCCAUUCUCAAGUACAGAGCUGAGUGGAGGAUGCAGGGCAGGAGCAGCUGGACGCAGAAAGUCUACGAGGUCCAAGACGACUUCGUCAACGAGGUGACGAUAACGGGCCUGAAACCGGAGAGCCGCUACGAGGUGAAGCUGUCGGCCAUUAAUGGCAAGGGCGAAGGAGAGAGCAGCCCCACGGAGCUGUUCAAGACCGAGCCUGUCCACGACCUUUUUCAUUUUUUCACAGACGGAGCAGAAGGAAAUCCUAAUCCUCCUAAGCUUGAAGGGUCAGUGGAGCCUAAAGGCAACUCCCUCAAAGUCAGCUGGCUUAAGCAGGAUGAUGGCGGAUCUCCCAUCCUGCAUUAUCUUAUACGCUAUAAACCCAUCCAGACGUCACAGUGGAAGCCUGAGAUCCGGAUGCCCAGUGGCAGCGAGUACGUCGUGCUGCGUGGAUUGGACUGGGACACCGAGUACGACGUGUAUGUGGUGGCCGAGAACCUGAAGGGGAAGUCUCCACCCGCCACCAUGUCCUUCAGAACUUCUGCAGAGCCAGAGGCCUUCCCAGAUCUGGGUGAUGAGGGCCCGAUCUUCAUGAACAUCAUACUCUGGGCAGGAAUCCUUGUUGUAGUAUUUCUACUCCUGCUGCUAGCGGUGGAUGUCACUUGUUACUUUGUCAACAAAUGUGGCCUUAUCAUGUGCCUGUGUGGAAAAUCAGGCACGGGGACGAAAGGGCACGUGUUGGAAGAGGGCAAAGCUGCUUUCGUGAAAGACGAGUCCAAAGAGCCCAUAGUGGAAGUCAGAACAGAGGAUGAGUGCACAGCCAAUCACAACGCAGCCGGACCGAUAGAGCCCAACGAAACUACACCUCUCACAAAGCCAGAGCUGGUGGCUUCUCUGGCACUGGACACCCCCUCCUCCAUAGCCACCAACUCAGACACAGCCACCGCGACCAUUGAUCCUGCUCAGGAAAGCCCCUCUAGCGAGACCACCACACUCACUUGCAGCCUGUCCACCCUGGCCAACGAGCCCUCGCCCACCCCGCUCACCGCUCCAGCGCCGACCCCCGAGUCCAACACAGCCCCGCCGACCCCGGUGGUCUCCUCGACCGCCGUCGAAGCCAAAAUGGCGCCGUUGCUCGAGGAGAGGGGGGGUAAUACCUCGGAAGAGCCGGAGAAGACUAGCAAUCCUCCUGCCACCCCCGAACAGUGUAGGCCUCAAAAGUCUGGAACGCCAAUACCGCCAAAGCGCAGACACUCUCCCAAACUCGCUGCUCUGAAUGCUAAAAACAGUCCACCGGUUUCCCCUCUCGCCGUGUCUUCUCCUCCUCUCAUUCCAGAUGGCAAGAAACCUGCACCGAGCCCACCGGUCAACAAGCCCACUCCACAGGCCAACGCCGUGGCCUUAAGCAAAGAGACGCCGGCGCAAACUGCUGCCGCUACAGUGAACACUGCCGCCCCAAAACCAGCCCCAGAGUCUAAACCUAGUCUUCCAGAUUCUACCGCAUACACCUUUACUGACUUUGACACAGAUAAUCCAACCGAUAACAACAUCCCCACAACAAAACCCGCUCCGAUUAACACUCCUUCAGAUAUCCCCAAUGCCGUCGAAGAUCCACACUUCAAAAAUCCCAUCACUCUGUUGGCAGACGUCCCCUCGCCUUUACCCAUCACCGCGAUCGCUUCGGCAGUCCCGAACGACCUCCUCACGCCGGGGUCAGACCUGUACGACUUAACGGCUCCGGACGCAGUGCACAAAAAUGCUGAUUUAGAGUUAGAGCUGAGAAACGCCGCAGGAAGACCCUCCCGGCCCCUCUCAGACCUGAUUAGCUUAGAGAGCCCGUCCGCCGCCCCCUCUCUGCCCAGCGGCGACCAAGCAGACUUCCCUCCCUCAGGCCCAGUUCUGGAGGCUUCAGAGACUCUCAAGACCGCUCCUCCUGUCUACGAUGAGAAGAUAUUUGCUGAUGAGAAAAGCAAACUGGAGGAGGGAGACCUACCAAACCCCCUGAUCACUUCGGCACACAACAGUGUCAUACAGACAAACACGACAGAGAGCAAAGUAUGAUGGGCCAACUGGGAAACGCAAAAAAAAAAAAUCCCCUCUCUCUCCCUCCGCCGCCCAGUCGCGCUGUACAGCAGCAGUGACAGGAAAAAGCUUUUAUUUUUAGUGCCCUUAACGCACUUAACACCACACACCUCCGUGGAUCGGUUAGCGCGCACUCUGACUGUUUUCGUUAAUUAAAUGCUUACCACAACCUGCAGAGUUUUAUCUUUAGAUCAUAAGAGAUUUAUUUAUUUUUAAUUCUCAUUUUUACGUAACCAGUCCGGACACUUCUGCUUUUACAAAAGGACCGCCUCGUAAAUGUGUGAAACUUUAAAAAAUAAAAUAAAAUAAAAACGUGCGUAGUUUUGCCAACUACUCACGAAUACUGGAAUAUUAUGAGAAAUAUAAACGUAGGAGAAAAGGACACUAUAUAUAUAUAUAUAAAUAUAUAUAUAGAAAUUAUUUUUCUUAUUUUAUUGUUCUAUUGUGCAAAACUUAAACUUGUUUUUUUUUUAUUAUUAUUAUUAUUUGACUUUUUGUGGGAUAGUCUCUAAGUAGCUUGUUCUGCAUGUCUGACCUGCAAGUGGUUGUAAAGUUUUCACUGUGUCUGUUACAGGGAUUUUUAACGCUGUAAAAAGCGUUAAAAAUCCGUUUAUCGAUUUUUAAUCGGUUUAUCAAUUGAUAAACCGAGGCCCGACUUCAGCGUUUAGACGUGCAGUGACUUGCAAAAGUGUUCACAAGCCUGAACGUUUUCACAUUUUGUUACGACCACAAUCUUGAGACGGAUUCAUGAUGUUCAAUUUCUUUUUUCUAAAUCCAAGACUGCAUGGCAUUUAUUUGUAUUCAACCAUACUUGAUUCAUAAACCGUGUAGAAUCAUAUUUCGCUGCAGUUGUUUAGGUAUAGCUCUGUCGUUUCUACACACAGUGACAACAGUAUUUUUGCAAAAAGCUCGAACUCAGUCACUUCAGAUAAGUUUGGUCUCCUGCUAGAAGGUGAACCUCCACUUAUGUCUUGAGUCGUUUGCAGAGUCGGACUAGUGUUGUUGCUAGAUUGGUCAUUUAUCCGGGAUGUCCAAAGUGUGGCCUGGGGGCUUUUCAUGGUCCUUGAAAGGAUUUUGUUCAGUUAAGAACAUGGUGACGAAACAGUUGAACAGUUGAUGACAUAAGACAUUUGAACACUGUCUGUUUUUUCUUUAAAUAAGGCAACAGUCUGAAGCCCUUUUUGUGUUUUUGAUAUUUAAUGAUAUGUAGCUUUCACAAUGUUGAGCAGGAAAAACAAAGAAAAAAAAAAUUUAAUAAAUUUGCCAGUUUUGACCCCUGGGGGAAAAAAAAUUGGACACCACUGCCAUGUAUGUUGUAACUUGUACCUUUCACAAUUAUGCACACCUUUGUGUUAAUCAGUCUCAAAAACUAACAAAAUCCGUUAAUGUUUGUAUCAAAAUGUGAAAAAAAACAAAAAAAACCAUCAAGAGGGAUUGUCACUUUUGCAAGGCAAAGUAUUUGUUUUGGUAAAUAAUGAAAAAAAAAGGCUGCAGCUGCAGGAGGGAAAUAUUCUACGAUGCAACAGUGUGCAUGAUCAGAUCAGAUAUGGACCAAUUUGUCAAACUUAUUCUGUCACUGCCUUAUAAUAGUGCUGUUAAAUAUUCACGAUACCAUGCAUUUAAUGAAAAAAAAGGAACGUCCCGAAGAUGAGAGACGCCAGCGGAACAGCUGACUUAAAGCCAAGUGUUUGGAGGAAAAAAAAAACCCUCCAAAUUCAAGUGAAUGUCACGUGACCGCCAGCUGAAUAACGAUAUUUGUUCGGAGGACGAAGACGGUUUAUCUCCUUGACGCGUGUGGAGAUCACAGCUCUGGCUCCAUAAAUUUGGAGAUUUGCUUUGAAACACCAAAAGAAGACGGAAAAACUAAAAAGAACAAGCAUUUUGUACUAUUCAAAAACGACCGACUCCUCUCCCCUCCCCAUCCCUGCCUGCAAACUCGUGCACUGUACCCGUGUGUCAGUAGACUGUCUCGUCAUCAGUUUGUAUGAUAACCUGUAUAGCUUAGUUGUGAGGGAGCCUAAUUUUUUUAUUUGGUGUAAUAUUAGACGAAAAAGCACAUGGAGUGUGGUCAUUAUAACAAGUGUAGUGUAUAAAAACUGUCCAUCUCUGGUCACAGCGCUAUAUAAUUGCCGGCUGUAGUGAGGGAAGGUGUUUUUGAGCUUUGGCAUGAACUCAGUCAGUGCUUCAUAACGUAUAAACUACGAGGUACAGAUAUGUGCUUCUGUCUGUAAAGGAGAAACCUGUUCUCAUAUUGAACCAGUGUGUAUUCCCUGAGGAGCUUCUUCUGGCAUAACUACACAAAGUUUUUUACUUCUCCCCCGUCCGUGUUUUCUGAUAUGCCGUUGGGAUUAAUCUUAUUUAUUUUUAUUGGUUUUAAAUAUUAUCGUCUUUUUUUUGUGUAUAAGAAUCACUCACCGAGAGCAGCUGCCUGAUGAGUUGAGGAAUCCCGUUGGGCGGGAAGCAGGUGAGCCACCUGAAACAGCAGAACAAGUCAUGUGUUGAUUUUUUUUUGUGUUUUUUUUUUAUGAAGUUCAGACAUCAAAUGUAAAUUCCAGAAAGAACGGAGUACAGAUUUCUUCUCAUCCCGCUUCAUUCUCGUUACCUCGUCACCUCGCUCUCUCGCCUCUGGAUGCUCCUAACUGUUUUUAUUGGGUGAAACUCAGAAAACAUCAGUGUACAGCCUGAGCGAUUACCCAUUUACAAAAUAAAAAUGGUUUCCGAAUCCAA